AUGAGGAUAGUCUGCUUCAAGCACUUUGCUGGGAAAUUUUCUGGCUGUAAUCUCACUGCUCAGUGUUGUGAGAGUUUGUCAUCAGCUCUGCAAUCCUCAAACUGUGUUCUGAGAGAGGUGGAUCUGAGUAACAAUCACCUGCGGGACUCUGGUGUAAAGUUUAUUUCUGAUGGUCUGAAGAGUCCAAACUGUCAGCUGGAGAAACUGAGUCUUGCUGGCUGUAAUCUCACUGCUCAGUGUUGUGAGAGUUUGUCAUCAGCUCUACAAUCCUCAAACUCUGUCCUGAGAGAGCUGGAUCUGAGUAACAAUGACCUGCAGGACUCUGGUGUAAAGUUUAUUUCUGAUGGACUAAAGAGUCCAAACUGUCAGCUGCAGAUACUGAGGUUGUCUGGCUGUAUGGUGACAGAGGAAGGCUGUGGUUAUUUGUCUUCAGCUCUGAGUUCAAACCCCUCACACCUGAGAGAGCUGGAUCUGAGCUACAAUCACCCAGGACAAUCAGGAGUGCAGCUGCUCAAACACAAACUGGAGGAUCCAAACUAUAACCUGCAGAUACUAAAUGUGGAUCAUGGAGGAGAGAUCAUGAUGACAGCAGGACUAUGAAAGUGUAGGUCUACAAACACACAGGCACACGCAUUUCCUCAUGGAGACCAAAAAAUGUUUCCAGAAGGGCAAGGAUUUUGGA